AUGCGUGUUGAUUGUUAUUUAUUUAUAAACAUAUUUUUUUUAUUAAUAAAAAAAAAUUUUAUAAAUAAAGAAAGAGAUAUUAAUAGAGCCAAAAUUAAAGAGGCUUAUAGAAAAACUUUGAUGCUUAAUCAUCCUGAUAAAGGUGGUUCUCCUUAUUUAGCUAGUAAAAUUAUUGAAGCCAAGAAUUUUCUUGAAAAGGUUAUUAGAAAAUAA